UGCUCAAUGUAAUAAGAGAUUAUGCCAACAAAUCUCCGUUUCUAGUUAUAUUAGACAUAUUUUCAUUGUGACAAUCAUGUUGUCUAGUCGCCUGUCCCAAUUGCCUUCUGGCGUCAGGGAACUAGUGUCUGUAAGCUCAAGAACGGGUGUCUCACGAGUAGUACCAUCAUGUCGGGCUGGUGGUGCUGUAGUAAGGGGAAAGAGCUUGGAGCAGAAAAGGCGGAUUACGAUGGAGCAAUUGAACCGAGACAAAGAUAACCGAGAACGUGUCGUCAUUCUUGGAUCAGGCUGGGCAGGCUUCACCGUUGCCCGCGCUCUUGACCCCUCAAAGUAUCAAACUGUUGUCGUUUCUCCACGGUCAUACUUUGCCUUUACCCCCCUGCUUGCCUCUACAGCAGUAGGCACACUGGAAUUCAGAACUGCACUAGAACCCGUCCGGAGCCGAAGGACCAAAGUGGAAUUUCUGCAGGGCUGGGCUGAUGAUGUGGAUUUCAAGAACCGAACCAUUACUAUUGAAGAGGCGGUCGAUGAUCCAAAGCAAGGUGUGGCACUGACAACUGACCGUCACGCGGGAAAGACUGCAGAGCAGAGGGCUCUUGAGAAGAAGCAGGAAACCAAAGAGGGCAAAAUGUUUGAUGUGACUUACGACAAGUUGAUUGUUACAGUGGGUUGCUACAGCCAGACGUUUGGCACGCCAGGCGUCAAGGAGCACGCCUUCUUCUUGAAAGACGUGGGCGACGCACGCAGGAUCCGAAACCGGAUUCUAGCCUGCUUCGAAGGCGCCGCUCUCCCCACCACUCCCGUAGACAUGAAGCGUCAGUUACUAAACUUUGCUGUUGUAGGCGGCGGACCAACAGGCAUUGAGUUCAGCGCCGAACUCCACGACCUGAUCAACGAAGACUUGAAGAAGCUAUACCCAGAACUCAUCCAGUACCACAAGAUCACCGUGUACGACGUGGCAGAAAAGGUUCUCCCUAUGUUCGACAAGAAACUAGCCGACUACGCCAUGCAAAAGUUCAAGCGCGAAGGCAUCGACAUCAAAACGAGUCAUCACGUCGAGGAAUUGCGUGCCGGAGCACCCGUGGAAACGAGUAACUCAGAAACAGUCCAAGACUCGCAUCUCUACACACUUAGAAUCAAAGAACAAGGCGAAAUCGGCGUGGGCAUGUGCGUAUGGAGCACAGGCCUAAUGCAAAACCCCUUCGUCCACACCGCCCUCUCUAGUGUUCGCUCCGCCCCUUCUAAUCUCAUAACCUCUUCUACUUCUUCUUCUUCUUCUUCUUCGUCGUCGUCAUCGUCGUCGUCGUCCUCCAUUCAAUGGACCGUGAAAAAAGACCCAAAAUCCGGUUCCAUAGUAACAGACUCCCACCUCCGCGUUAAACUCGUUCCGGCUUCAGAUUCCUCAUCUUCAUAUGCAGAAAAGGACUCUGUACAAGCAGACAAAACAGAAGCAAUAAACCCAGACGUCUUCGCCCUAGGCGACUGCGGCAUAAUCGACGCAACAACUUACCCCGCCACAGCGCAAGUCGCGAGUCAAAAAGCCGUGUGGCUCGCUAAGCAACUGAAUAAAUCGUCAACACUGGCAGAGUCAGCAAAGGGCUUCACGUAUAGGGAUUUGGGCACACUGGCGUAUAUUGGGAAUUGGAAUGCGUUGUUCCAGGGUGGAGGGAAGUGGGGAGGUAGAUUGCAAGGGUAUGUAGCGUGGAUUAUUUGGCGGGGAGCGUAUAUUACGCGGACGGUUAGUUUGCGGAAUAAGGUGCUUGUGCCGGUGUAUUGGGUGGUGAAUUGGGUGUUUGGGCGGGAUAUAAGCCGGUUUUGAAAUCCUGCCCAGGG